AUGCCCUCCCCGAGGAGGUUCCUGGUGGCGUCCACCUCCUUGCCUCUUACAGCGGGAUGGGGCUGGAACUUAAGCGUCUAUUUGGGGCUCUUCACACUAAUGCUGGUUCUGAUGGGACUUCUUCUGUGGAUGCUGCUAAAACAACUCAGAAACUCUGUAGGCAAUAGCACCCUUCAGCCGCAUCUGGGCUCCCGCAGACAUCAACUGCUCGUAGUGCUGCCUGUACCUGUACAAAUGGCAACCAGAGGAAGUGUGAAACCCUUUGUGAACUUCAACGCGAAGCAUGAUGCUGAAGUUUUGCGCAAGGCCAUGAAAGGGAUCGGCACUGAUGAAGAUACCAUCCUUAUGUUACUGGCAGCUCGCAGUAAUGCUCAGAGACAGGAAAUAAAAGCAGCCUAUAAAACUUUUGGCAAGGAUCUAGUGAAAGACCUACGGUCAGAGCUUGGUGGGAAGUUAGAGGAUCUUAUUGUGGCCAUCAUGUAUCCGACCAUAUUAUAUGAUGCACAUGAACUCCAUAAAGCCAUCAAGGGAGUGGGUACAGAGGAUGAGGUUUUAAUUGAGAUCCUGGCAUCCAGGACGUGUGAUGAGAUAAAAGAUAUCGACAAAGUUUAUAAGAAAGAAUAUGGAAGCAAGCUGGAAAAAGACAUCAUGGGUGAUACAUCAGGACAUUAUCAGAGGAUGCUGGUGAUCCUUGCACAGGGAAACAGGGAGGAGGGAAUAGAUGAGAGCAGAGUGGAAAAAGAUGCAAAGGAGCUGUAUGCUGCCGGAGAGGGGAAAUUCGGCACGGACGAGGACAAGUUCAUCAACAUACUCGGCAACAGGAGCAACGAACACCUGAGAAAAGUGUUUGAAGCCUACAAAAAGAUUGCCGGCUGUGACAUCGAAGAGAGCAUAAAAGAUGAGUGCACUGGGAACCUGGAAGCACUGCUAAUGGCCACGGUUAAGUGCUCAAAAAGUGUCCCUGCUUAUUUUGCUGAAUCGGUUCGAGACUCUAUGCGGCGUGCCGGCACUGAUGAUGAGUCUCUCAUAAGGAUCAUGGUGUCCAGAAGCGAACGGGAUAUGUUGGACAUCAGAGCGAUCUACAAGAAGAAGUAUGGAGAAUCACUCUACAGCACCAUACAGGAGGACACUGACGGAGAUUACCAGAAGGCCCUCCUCUACCUGUGUGGUGGGAAUGAUUAGAAAAACUAACUGCGUUCAUUAUUUGCAUCCUUUCAAGAUCUUCAGGUUUCUUGUGCACAUUUUUCAUUUGUGGUCAUUUUUACAUAUUUAAUGUUUUAUGAUUUGGGAACAAGCUGUUUCAGUGUCGGAGAGUAGGAGGGUAUUGUGUAAUGGUUUUGGUGUGAUGUUUGUAUACACAUUCUUUAACAAAAUUGAACGGUUUCAGAAAGGUUAAUGAAUUGUUUUGGUUGAUGUAUUGUUUCAAAACUGUGUGAAGACUUUGAAAAUAAAAUGUU